GCUUGCAAGAUGGCGCUCGCUGACAAGUGGGGAGUUGCGGGAUUGUCCUGUAAUUUUUAACUGAGGACAGCAAACCCGAGUAUUGCAGGUGUUAAAAGCUUUGUUCGCAAAAUAAUAAGAUGGAGGUAUCAUCUGACGGCAUCAAUCUGUAAACAUUCGUUUGAUAGCGAAAUGAGACCCGCAGUAUCCAGUAGGAGUCUGCCUACCAUGUCAAACACAAGACAACAGCAGCAUCAGCUGUCCGCAUCUGAUGAAGGGAGCACAGCAGGAGACUCCAUACCCUAUCGCCUGCCUAAAAUUCCCUGCAGCCAGCAGCGAACCCACAGUUCGCCGAGCGCAUGUUCAGAGAGAGUCACACGCAGUGAGCCAGCAGGCCUGGAGCAGCUGUACAAAGUGGACUACUUCGGGUCAGACAGGUUAGAAAAGUAUCUUGGUAAAAGGAAAACAUUGCCGAGCCCACCCUACACAAUAGCUCAGCUGCAACGGCAAGAGGGGAUUCACAUGCCCACCUUCCAGAAAGUGCACAUUGAACCUGUCCUCCCCUGUGACAAAGUGGUAGACAGCAGUGGGGAUGCAGUACCGGAACAGACCACUGGGAGAGCAAGCUUAUCCAACAGGGACACAGUGACGUUACUGGGACUUGGUAGGCAGGUUUCUGGUAAACCACGGGAAAGCCCAUCGAGUGUUGACAAGCCCUUUGCCUGGAGGCUGUCCCCACACAAUCACAAAAAUUACGAUAAUCAGGCAAUCCAGGGACAGACUGGGCCCUUCUCCAGAGACUUUGUGGUUCACUGCAACACCCCAAACACCUGGCUGAAAAUGAAACUUAAAAAGCAGAGGACGAGUUGGAGAUGACAGGAUGACCAUUGGAAUUAGUAUCUGAAAUCAUAUCCGGGGCACUUGAAGACCUGGAAAAAUGUCAUACGCAUUGAAGCCAAGAGAGAUUGAAAAAGGGUUGAAAGAAGAUUCAAGCUGGGUGGGCUAGGUCACAGAAGCCCUGUCGUAGGGGGUGGGGCUUUGAACUUUGAACUCUUGUAAGAAAAGUGUUACACCCUUCCCCCUUCCCUCAAGAAAAAAUGGAUCAAUCAUUGUUGAAAAAGCAUGUACCAGCCACUUUGAAGCAAAGUUUUUAAAUAUCUAAAGAAACCCCCCCGAGUGUAUUUUGGUGUCAGCUUAAAAGUGUUCCAAGUCUACAAAGUUAGGGGAGAUGUGGUUGUGAGAGGGAGUGCUUUGGUUUCCAAGCAAGUUUUGGUUGAAUGUGAUUUACAGACAAUUCAAAAUGUUUUUAGUGUAGUGAACUACAUGUAAUCUACUGCAUGGUGCUUCAUGGCUUGUCAGUCAGUCAGGAUCAAUUCUGGAAAGAACGUUUGAUGUAGUCAAUUUUAUUUCUGACAACCUUGUGUUGACAUUCCUUAUGUUAAAAUGAAGGUGAUUCUGCUUUGUGCUUUGUGUGUUUCUGAAUGGUAUGAGAGUAAAACCAGUGCAUUAUAUACACUUAUGUAAAUUGCAUGGUAUAAAUAAAUUAUUUGAAUGGGAGAGAAAAUUUAUAUUUGAGUUAUUUGAUGCAGAGAGAAUUAUGCAUGGAGACAAUCUUGUGAUGUUACUUAAAUGAGAUAUGUAAAAUAUCGAAAACAUUGAGGUUUAUAUAUGAACUAAUAAGUCCUGAGAUGUUCCUGGUCUGUAUUUUAUUUAUUUAGUUGAAAGAAAAAGUACAAAAGCAAAAUGUAAUUCUUCCACUGUGCCUAAAUGUUCGUGUCAAGUCCGAUUAGGAAAUGUCAACACAUCUAACACUUUCAUGCCUCGCCUUAAUAUCUACCCUCUUGCUAGAUCGAAGAAGCCUUGUUUUGCUUUCUUUGUUUUCAUCACAGCAUUCAGAUGUACAAUACAAGCACGUGAGUGCAGCGUGCUAAGGGUGCUGUGUCAGCUUGUGUGCAGUUUUGCAGAUUCUUCGAGUGUUUUGAAAUCGCAGCAUUUCGGUGUUUGACUUUUAAUCCACUGCGACUUUUUUUUUUGGUUAUCAAUGAGACUGGGAAACUUUAAAAUGUCGCUCUAAAACUACAGUGACAGGUACCACGUUCAGGUGUGUUUUGUGUGUGCUUUUGUUGUAAAUCGGGAAUAUCGUUGCGGUUUUAACAGUAAUUUACACAGGGAAAUGUUUUGUCUUGAGUGGUAAUACAGGAUUGAAUGGAGCAUAUGCUACAAUUCCCCGAUGCACUUAAUCUAACUUCCUGAAAUGCAACAACAAACAAAGCCAGUGGACAGGAUCCUAUCAGUGAAGCAUAAAUCAAAAAAGGGCUUGCACUGAAAUGCUUUAAGAUUUAUCUUCCAGAGAAAAUGAGCCAUUUAGGCAAAUAAAUUUUGGAUAGAGGGCCUCUAAGAAAAACUUCUUGUGUUGAGUAGGUUGGAGAUAGAUUUGCCAAGCAUUGAUAAGGCUGCACUCUUCCAGGGACAAAAUGGCCCGGUGAGAAAUACAUGUUAUGGGAUUUUUAUUUCCUCCAUGCGUCCUAAAAAAGGAGGAUUAAUCAACAUUUUCAAAAUUACAAUUUUUGCCCCCUGAGCAUUAAAUAAAGUUUGUGCUGAUUUCAAGAACAGAAUUUGCAUCUGUUGACGAAUCCGCUUGGGAUUGAUAAUUAAGUCUUAAUUUCCAUGCGUUAAGUCUUAGAGUGUGCCGUUUGUUUCAUAUGCAUGGUGAUACUUGGAACUUAAGUAUUUGGUGUUUUCACAGUUGGUGUCGUCAGUAAUUAGAGUCGUCAAUAUAUGAUGCUUGAACCAAAGAUCUCUGAAAUUAAAGAUGUGCAUGCUUUAGA